GCGCCCUGUCUAUGCGCCGAUGCCGAAAACAUCCGCCUCAUCCUCGCGCCUGUACAGCCUCAUUUUUGUUUAUCCGGGGAUCGCCGACUGAUAUCGGCGGUGUGGUCUCGCCGGUUCCAUGUUCGAUGCCCCCUCCGCCCCCGCCCCCCUGCAGGCUCGGGUUCUGCGGCGGCGGCGCCGCCCGCGCGCACCCUGAUAAUCUUCGACUGGGACGACACGCUGCUGUGCAGCUCCGCCCUCAAUGAGGGGGAGUGUACCCCGGAGGCGCUGCGGGAGCUCGCUCGGGCGGUGGAGGCUGUCCUGCACACCGCGAUGGGCCUCGGCGACACGGUCAUCGUCACCAACGCGCGAGAGUCCUGGGUGGAGGAGAGCGUGAGGCGCUUCAUGUGCUGGCCCGGACCCUCGGCGGCCUCGAGGUCGUGUCGGCCCGCGCCGGCCACGAGCGGAGCUUCCCCGGGGAGCCCUCCGUCUGGAAGGCGCAGGCGUUCAAGGAGGCUCGCGCG